GCAAAAGGAGGCUGCAAAAAUUGAUGAAGAGCUCUUUUCCACGUAUGGUUUCAAAGUUGAACAAUUGAUGGAAUUAGCUGGAUUGGCUUGUGCGAAAGCCGUCCAUGCACAGUAUUCCAAAGGGAAAGUGCUAGUUCUGUGCGGUCCUGGAAACAAUGGAGGUGAUGGGUUUGUUUGUGCUCGACAUCUCCAACAGUUCGUGGGUUGUUGUGAUUACAUUUUUCAGUUAUCACUAGUACAUAAAGGAUUCGAACCUUCUAUUCUGUACCCAAAGCAGUCGAAAUCAGACUUAAUGCAGUCACUGGUCAAACAGUGUACUGGAAUGGGUAUUACUGUAAUGGAAAAGCUUCCCACGUUGUCGGAUUUCUCUUUGAUUGUGGACGCAUUUUUUGGCUUUUCAUUUCGCCCACCGCUACGCGAGCCUUUCGGUGAAAUCAUCGACGCUGUGACAAAAUCGGGAAUUUUUGUUUUUGCCAUCGACAUUCCUUCAGGAUGGGAUGUUGAGAAUGGACCACCAUCAGAAGGUUCUUAUGUUCACCCACAUGGGAUAAUCUCCUUAACAGCUCCGAAAUUAUGUGUACGAGAUUGGACUGGGCCUCAUUUUGUGGGUGGACGAUUUGUGCCGAAGAGAUUGGCAGAGGAACACAAUUUGUUGUUACCGAAUUACCCGAAUGCGGAUCAAAUAGUAAAAUUGGAGUAACA